CAACAAAUCAGUGGAGUCAGAUUUAGCAGGCGCGCGAGGGUGCACCUGUUGGGAAAGUAACUCACCUGCGCUUUACCUCGGAUUUACCAUUUCAUUCAAAAUGCGUCAAUAAGUAUAGAGCUGACCAGUCGUAGCUGCGUUUUAACUUAUCUAUAAUCAUGAGGAAGGGUCUGAAUUUUCUGGGUCGGAAGAACCAGUCUCUUUUCGACACCAAUACCAAAAUGAAGGACAUGGACAAUGUGGAGCUGGUGCUGGAGUCAUCAGCGAUCCCCGAGUCGGGGACUGCCAGUGUGCGGGCCAGACCCACCGUCAAGCAUCAUGCUUUUAACGUUUUUUCCCCCUCACAGUCCACAUCUGACAGUUUUCAAGGAUUUGCCGUCCCGACACCCAAAGUCCCCCUCCUCCCACCGAUCAAUGGUCCAAAGACCAACGGCUCAAUUGGUGGACAUCACCUUUCCAAUGGAUCUGUUAUAUCUGUGCCCGACCUUGUGGAGGGGGAAGUAUUUGUUCCUCCUCCCCCUCCCUCAAUGGCGCCUCCACCCCCUCCACAGACUUUUGUCCCUCCUCCACCAGACUUCAUGGGCGACCUGAACACUCUAAAUUUGGCAAAACCGUCCUCACUGGCACCCUUCGCGGAUGAAGAAGACUUUACCUUCAUUAAACCGCCACCAAUGGCUCCGCCAAAGCCUCCAUCUACUUGCUCUUUAUCAUCUGUACCCAUUUCUAGCCCUUCGCCAGGCAACCUACCUGAGUGCCCAGCUUUUGCCCCACCUCAGCCUCCUUCUGAAAAGGCACUUAGGUCUCUUAAGAAACCACCUGAAAAACCCAUCAGACUGUCCUCUAUGUUCAACUUUGACUCCCCACCACAGAGCCCUGCCCCACCUCCCCGUGUGCAGAGAGCAGCAGUGUCCAGUUUCAAUCCCAGAAACACAGCAAAGCUUUACAAUGUUCCUCAGCCCUCAAUUCUCAGCGGGUAUCAGGAACAUGACCCAAGACCAAAGCAGAUGUUACUCCUGGAAGAUUCUGCAUCUGUUGACUCUGCUCAAGUGCUUGUUGCGGUGGAAGGGAAAUCCCCUAAAUUGGCCACACCGUCCAAACCAGUUCUCAAAGAAGUACAGGAACUGAAAGAGUCAUUACACAUAACCCAAACCCCUUCACCACGCCUGCCUGAGCCAACAAAGGAGGCUAAAGCAGCGAUAGUUCUAACAAAGCCAGACAUUGGCAAAUCUCUCCAGCCUCCACCUCAGACUUCACCACAGCUUCAGAGACCAAAGGUUUCUCAGGUGAAUUCAGAGACAGUCAACGACAGACUUGAAGAAUCUCCAAGUCAAAGUCGCAAAUUCAAAUACAGUCCGUUAAUAGAUCGCAAACUACGCAGCCUGAAGAGUAAUGAAUCUAACGGGGCACGAAAUGGACCUGUAGCCUCGCCACUGGCUCUUUUGAAGGCGGCUAAAGACAGAGAUAAACACAGAUCGAGUCACACUCUGUCACGGGAAAACAGCAGCAAGUCACAUCAGGAGCCUAGUGCAAUCAUUCAACCGAGUGACUCAAGUCCCAAUUCCUUUAUCGUCAGCCCAAGGUCAAGCUCAACUUAUUCUCCAACAUCUCCAGAAAGAUUGCAGGAGAGUUCAAAGUCCGUCAAUCCUGUGGUACAUAUGCAAACUAUUCAGGGUCCAGAGAAACCCAGCAGCCCUGCUCUGGUCAUAGAUCAAACGCUAUCCAGAAGUUCAGUGCUCAAUAGGAUGGCUGCAUCUGCAAAUAGGACCAACCUGGUUGAGCAGAAACAACAUGCAGUGCAAACCCCUUUAAAGUCUCAAUCCACACAGCCUGAGGAGUUAAAUAUGACACUACUCACUCCACCGCCAGAGUUUGAUGACUUUGACGAUUUUGACGAUUUUAUGGAACCCCCUCCUUCCAUGCCUCCACCUGACCCUCCCGUGAAAAAGGCACCAGCACCAACACCAGCACCAACACCAAAACCACCAACAACACCACCACCACCACCACCACCACCAAAAAAGAUCCCUCUACCUCCAUCUCAAGUUCCACCUCCUCCUCCAAAGGCCAAACCCCCACCAGCUCCAAAACUCCCACCUCCUGACAUUGAUGCAAAGCCAAAGCUGCAACCCCAGACCAAACUAAAAGCCGUCCCUCCUCAGCUACCAUCUAAUCUUUCACCCAGCCAGGCCACACUACAGAGCAUCUUACAAAAAAAGAUGUUGGAAAUGGACCACAAAAUGGCCACAGUGAAGGAGACAGCGUCCAGUUCUGAUGACUGGGGUGCCCCCUUGCCCGAGGAGGACUAUAAGGUCCCUGUUGUCCCCAGAGCCCGACCACAGAGCACGAAUUACCCUGUGGUCAACAAAGUACCAACCCUAAACAUGCAGGAGCUGGAGGAUAAAUUGGUCAGAAAAUAUCAGGAGUCUUCCUCAAUGAAAGUUCCCACCAGCAACGGAACGCAGUCAAAACAUCAGUAUGGUAUGACCUUUACAGUUCGGCCUGGAACCAAACAGCCCAUAACCCUCGUCAGUAAAGGGGAGCCUUAAUGUGUUAAUGGGAAAGUGGUUCUUGUGUUAAGCACAACUGUGUGUGAUUGGAUAAUGUGACCAUGCAUCAUAAGUACAAUGUGGGGGGGGAGGGGGCACUUUGAACAAAUGUGGUUAGCAAAUACGUUAAGAAUGUUUUAUAACAACGGUCUUCUCAGUUCUGAAUGUUCUCUAAAGGUAUUUCUCAAUUUGGAGGACGCACUUUCAAUGUCAAAUGUUUUGGUUUUGUAUUUUAUGUUUUUAAAGUAUCAGUCUGGUGGACAAUUUAUUUUAGCUGCUGCUGUUUAAUCAGCGUAGAUGUAUAUAUUCCAUACACAUAAGUUAGAAUUAGUGCCAAUGGCAGAAUGGUUAAAUUCACAAGACAAUAUUCAAAGUUAUCCAAAGCUGAGUGAAAAUAAAACAUCUGAAUAAAGUCUGACAGAUGUAUCCGUAAUCUUGAUUAUAUAAUACAAAAAUAAUGUACAGUACAAUUAUUGUGGUUCAUGCUGUAGUCGCAUGUCCAAUAACAGAAAUGUUCUUUCACUGUUACAUGUACAAUAUGCUAGGUCCUCUGGGGUGAAGCAAACAGCUAAUUCAGACAAGUGUGUUUCAGUUGGAUUGUUUCUCAUAUUUAUUGAUCCAGGAAAUGUUUUUCCCUCUGAGUUAUUUGACUGUAAAAUGGGUGUUUAUGCAUCUACACUCAUGCUGUAAAUAUAUCAGUUUAUAUAUUAAUAACUUAAAAUAUGUAAGAUGCAAUUGUAUGUACAUGUUAAGGUUGUAUAAUCAAAGUAUUUAAAAUAGAGGUUAUAAAGUCUUAAAACAGAGACGUUCAUCUAUUCCAAAUGUUGUCCAAAAACUAACUGGAAAAUAAAUUCAAGCA